AAGACGCUGCGGCGAUGGUGCAUUUGUCCAAACUAAACCGAAAAUCGUCCAGUUGGAAAGCAAGCAAUUAGAAUUGAUUAGGAAUACGAGAUGUAGCACGCGCACUCGUUUCCCCUUACGGUUUCCGAUGCCGAAUCCGGCCCCGGCACAACCGGCAGUCUGAUCCCGCGCGCGGCAUGCAUAUAUGUAGAUUCCAACCAAUUGUACGGCUACAUCGCUUGUCGACGUCGUCGCCCACAAUUUGCCCAUCCCCGGCAUCGAGCAUCAUUGAUUCUCUUGCGCCGGGAUAACCUUUUCUUACUCCUCAAUUUUUAUGUGAAAGAUCAAACAACCAACCAUACACAUGCACGCGCGCCUUCGCGCAGCUAAUGACGUAAUAUAUAGGAGGCAGAAUGUUUCACUCUGUGUAAAAUGUUUCGUUGUUGCGGCAUGCCAUAUUCCCAAUCGGCUUCCGUCCGACUCUGCCGGCCGCACCGUGUGCACGAUCGGUAACUUUACAAUCUGUCCCACUGGCAACAUGGUGAUGACUCCGCCUGCAGUGGUGGUAUAUCCGGAUAGUUGCUCAUACACCCUGGGCUUCACUGGGCCCUUUCCAUAUACACGCGCGCGCCGUCCACAGCAGCAUGCAUAUGUAUAUAUCUCCUGGAUCGCAACUACAACAGCAGCCAAAUUAACGAGUAUGUCGAUAUAUUGGCUAGCUGUUACAGUAUGCAAAUCUUUACUGUUUAACGAUUGAGAAGAAGAGAUAGAGGAAGAGACCAGCAGCAGAGUCCCAAGAUCUUCCUCUCCCUCUUCCCUUUUUACCAUGUAUGCAGCAUCAUGACCAUCAUGCAAAUUAUGCCGCGCGCCACAGAUAGGACGAUGCUUGUGAUGCGCCCUUUUUUACAUGCGACUGUAUUGUGUUAUACUGUAGCCGGAUAGAAUAAGCGCCUGCCCGAACAAUUUGGCUACAUUAUCAACUGCGCUUAUAUAACCGACGUAAUGCCCGUUGGACAAUGCGGUGUUGGUGUGCGUGUUUGGAUCCUGCUGUCCGGAACUAGGCAAAGUGAUACAUAACGGCUUGGUCUUGUUUUAUUGGUCCGGCAAGCGGUUUUUGUAUGAGCUGAGUGAAAGCGGCUGUUGCGGUUCCCGGUUGUUAUUACACGACAUACAGCGCAAUUAGCCAGACUGCAAAAAUGCCGGUCAUUCCCAUCAUCAACCGAGACACUGCCGAGCUGAAAAUGCUUCUCUACGAGAAGAUCCAGCAGGAACACAUCCAGAGACGGCUGGUUAUGCUCAUUGUCUGCAUUGCCUUACUACUGGACAACAUGUUGUACAUGGUGAUUGUACCCAUCAUCCCCAAAUACUUACGCGACAUCGAGGCCUGGGGAGCGCCCAUUGGCAAUGUUACCGGUCCAGAUGGGCUACCUGAUCCUGUUUACGAAGGAGAAAGUAGAUAUAAUGGCUACCUUUUCGCAUCGAAAGCCUUUGUACAACUCAUGGCAAACCCUUUUUCCGGUUACAUAAUUGACCGACAUGGGUACGAAAAACCGAUGAUGUUCGGACUGAUUAUCAUGUUUUUUUCCACGACCAUCUUCGCCUUUGGUACCGCCUACGGUGUCCUGUUUUUUGCCCGUAGUCUCCAGGGAGUGGGCUCGGCGUUUGCCGAUACGGCUGGUUUAGCCAUGAUCGCCGAUCGGUUCUCGGAUGAGGCCGAGCGCAGUAAAAUGUUGGGCAUUGCGCUGGCCUUCAUCUCCUUCGGCUCACUAGUGGCGCCACCCUUCGGCGGGGUGAUGUACCAGCACAUGGGCAAAGAAUCACCUUUUAUUAUUUUGUCGCUAGUCUGCUUAGCCGAUGCCAUCGGGUUGUCGUUGAUUAUGAAGCCGAAAGAGAAUAUCGCCCUGAAAACCGCCCUACAGCGCCAGAAGACCAUGGAUGUGCCCCGUGAAUUCAUCGGGGAUGUGCCAAGCGAUGUGAAACCGACACCCAUGUGGAAGCUAUUCCUUGAUCCCUACAUUGCCAUUUGCGCGGGGGCACUUAUGAUGGCCAACGUAUCAUUAGCGUUUUUGGAGCCGACCAUCUCCUUAUGGAUCAACGAAAGUAUGGAGGGCGUCAGCUCAGCACAAGAGGGCAUGAUCUGGUUACCGGCAUUCCUGCCGCAUGUGGCCGGCGUUUGGCUGACAGUACGGCUACUCGCCACCCGGCCCAAAUACGGCUGGCUGUACGCCGCAGUCGGUCUGGGACUGGAAGGCAUCUUCUCCUUUUUCAUCCCGGCCUGCGGUAGUUUCUGGGUGUUAAUUAUUCCGCUGUGUGUGAUCUGUUUCGGUAUUGCUCUAAUUGAUACGGCACUAUUACCGGCGCUGGGCUAUCUGGUGGAUGUACGGCAUGUUUCCGUGUACGGGUCAGUGUACGCCAUCGCGGAUAUUUCCUACUCGACGGCCUACGCUUUUGGACCGGUAUUUGCCGGAAAUGUGUACGAAGCGUUGGGCUUCACCGUCCUGUGCUGUAUGAUUGGUGUCAGUAAUUUACUGUACGUGCCGGUACUGUACUGGCUGCGGGGGGCUUACAACUACGAUGCCAUCUACAACGAAGGACAAGCCAUUAUGCCGCAAGAUAAAGAUGGAAAAAUGGCGCAACUCUCCGAAUGGCAGGAAGAACAGCAGCGCUUUACCAUGUCGCAGACCGGUCCUAAAAAUAUUAUGCGCAAUGGCGCCUAUGGGUCGAUGAAUCGAUACCAUCGAGAGUAUGAAAAGGAUACAGACCGGAUUCUCCCGGAUAAUGAUGAGGAAGAUGAAAUGGAAUAAUAAUUUUUAGCGUACACACAGUGCAGUUACCAACAACGCGCUGGCAUUAACUGGUUUUUGUUAACACAAGGCGCACCAGCCCCCGAACUCGUCUUUUCUUCGGUCUCUAUAUAUGCAGUUUCCGUGUUUCGACGGCUGUCUCAGCUGACAUUUUUACGACGACAGCGCACUGUAAAAUAGAGGCUACACAUUUGCUGCAGACGUGCUCUUUCAAAGACAACGUAACUAACGAAUCAACCAACGAUCGAUUUGUCACCAAACCGAUGCAUACGUACACAUAUACGCCUAACGCUGCCAGCCAUGCAGUUAUCGCCGCUGUCGAUCGUCACAAUUUUCUCAAAUUGCAAUCUCUUGUUCUCCUGUGUCUGUUUGGUGUACUGCGAUCUGCGCUGCACACGUCAUCCCUCUGACGUGGUUUGUUUUCUUUUUUCUAUUGCUGACCUUGAGUUAAGGAGAGAAAUUAUUUAUUUAUAUCUUUUCCAUUUUUUCUUCCAUGAAAAGAACGGAAUACAUUCGACUGUGACCUUUAGUUCGACAAUACCAUGCGACAAUU